AAAGUUACUGAUAAGUAAAGUACUAAAUGUGAACCCAUUCAGGAAUCUAAGAUAACAAAGACGUACUUUGAUCAUUUUGUCACAAGGAUCCGAACAAUGAUGAAUAUCAGAAUAUGUUUUCUGGUGGCGAUUUCUGUUCGGGUCAUCAGCGGAACAGGUUGCGAGGAUGGAUGGAUACCGUAUGCAGGCAACUGUUAUCAUUUCAGCCACGAUAUGGAAUCGUGGAUCGAGGCGGAGGGAAUGUGCUUACACCUUGGAGGGCAUCUUGUGGAGAUCAACAGUCGAAGCGAAAAUACGUUCUUACAAGGAUGGGUCGACAUGCUUAAUACACACUUUUGGGCUGGAGCAACAGAUUUAAACGUCCGAGGCGACUGGGUAUGGGUUACGUCGAAAACACAUCUAAGUAACACAUUUUCACUCUGGGCCCCAGGCGAACCCAAUAAUUUGAACGGAUGGGAAGAACACUGCUUGAUGCUUUGGACUCAUGUGGGAUGGAAUGAUAUGAAAUGUUCGGAACAUUUAAACUACAUUUGCGAGGCAUACGGGAAACCAUAAAACACAUGUGGCGGAAGUAAAAAUAUUGGACAAACGAAUUUUAAGUUUCCGAAUCUGAAAUAGUGCGCCGGACAUGGCAUGCACUGAUCUUAUUCUUGUUCACGUUUCUACGGCAUAACUUCAUAAUCAUUAAAUGACAUUUAAAAUAAAUAAAAGUGUCCGAUCUUG